UCUUAUCGAGAGCCAAAAUAAAUGCCGAGAAUAAUAAAGUUGUAUGCUAACGUAAUAAGAGAGAGGUUAGGUGCACUGGAAAAAAAGUUAAUUUGAAGAAAACGAGUGAAGAACUGAAGAACAAUUUUUAUCAAGCAUAAUUUAAAUUUCAAAUUUAAGUUUGCCAGCACGCAUUGAUAUAAACAACUUGGCAAUUGGGAUAUUUGAGACAUUUGAUGUGUAUAGACGAUAUAUAGCGAUUGAAAACAAAACAAAACAAGGCAAUAGGAAAAGUGGAGACGCAUAAAAAGUGAGCACGAAGCUUGUAAUUAUCUCAAAAGGGUUUGCAGUGAUGUGCGGUCGCACCUGUUUGACAUUAGAACCAAAUGAAAUAUUAAAGGCCUGCAGGUAUAAAACAAGUAAAUUUCGAAAAUCGCCAAUUAAUCAAAAUGGCAAUAAAAGCGAAGAUCUGAAUGAUCGAAAAGAAUGUUGUGGUUGUGAUAAGGGACAGUAUAUUCAACCAGAUUGGCGAUCAGAAUUCAAUUGUGGGCGGAAGUACAUACCUUCUUUUAAUAUAGCACCCAAUGAUGUUACUCCUGUAUUAAUUUCACGCGACCAUUUCUGCGAUGAAGGCGAUUCGAAAACAGAAAGCGGCCAUCAUCGUUUGCUAAUACCAAUGCUAUGGGGUCUCAUUCCAUUCUGGCAUAAAGGUGAUUAUAGCAAGCACAAGCUGACCACAAAUAAUUGUCGCUUAGAACGCAUGAGGGAAUCUAAACUUUAUAACAACGCAUUUAAAAGAGGCCAGCGUUGUGUUGUACUUUGUGAAGGUUUUUAUGAAUGGCAAACAAAAUCCCCGGAUCGAGCAGUUUAUCUGUUUUAUAUGCCGCAGAAAGAAAAAGCAAUAAUACAUGAUCGGAAUACUUGGGCACCAGAGGACAUUAAUCUUAUGAAAAUGGCUGGGGUAUUUGAUGUGUGGCAAGAUGAACAAGGUGAUAAAAUUUAUAGUUACAGCGUAAUAACAUACGAGUCUAAUGAAAUCAUGUCAUGGUUGCAUCAUCGUAUGCCCGCUAUAUUGGAGACUGAACAACAGAUAACGGCUUGGUUAGAUUUUAAAAAUAUCUCGAAUGAAGAAGCUUUAGCCGCCUUGCGCCAACCGGUGAGUGCGCUCGAAAAACACCGGGUUGCCAAUUUAGUUAAUAAUGCCCGCAAUAAGAGCAAUCUGUGUAAUAAGCCCAUUGAAUUAAUACAAUCUGAGAAGCUAACUAUGAACAAACUAAUGUCAACUUGGCUAAAUUUGCGAACGCCUAAAUUGCCUUCAGUUGUCUCUAAGGCAAAUAAAGAUGAUGAAGAUGAUGCUAAAGACCGUAACCUUGUAAGCACCACAAACGAGAGUGAGUCUAAGCCUGAAAAUCGGAGUGCAAAGCGGCGACGAAUUGUAUAACCAUGAGCGAGCAGUGGAAACUUAUUGCAUCUAAAAAUCCUGUACACCGACUUGAUGUUAUCGAAUUACUUAUAAAAUCUGCUCUGCGAAAAGAAAUGAUAUUCAAGAAAACUAAAAUAUACCGUUUAAUUAAAAUAAUAAUUCUUACAGAAUGCAAAUGACGAUUGGGACGUGUUUUUCGAUUAUAUAGCAUCGCCAUCAAUUCUAUUAUAGUUCAGAAAUGUUUUUAAUAUUAUCAUGGAGUCUUCUCUGUUUGUUGAUUUCGUUUGUUGUAUCACCGUGAAGUGCGUGCAUACUUUCAGCUAAAACUAGCAAGCGUUGCUGGUUUAUUUCUUUAUUAAUCGUCCCUUCGUACAAGGCA